AUUCCUUUAGAACGUAUUGGACACGUGGCUGUUUGUACAGACAAAUACAUGAUAGUAUGGGGAGGGUAUAACAUGGUUGCAUGACAGCUGGUAAUCAUCCCUCAGUUAAAAUAUGAAUGCAUUACAUAAGCAUUUGUACCCACCACAUGUGUAUGAAAACACAUUUUGCAUCUCAUUGAGGAUGAUUUUAAUCCCGCAUAUGCAGAAAAGUAUCUUCCCGCAAAUGAGCUAUGGAUUUACAACACAGAAUUUAAAGUUUGAAACUAAACUGGAGGAUCCAAUUAUUUUUCUUCAAGUUGUGGUGAAUGGAAGAACGAUGGAGGGUGUCAAAUACCUUGUGCUCUUUUCUCCAAGAUGGCAAAUUAAAGAGACUUUAAACUUUUCACAAUACUUCAUUGCCAUUUGCAGAUUUACAUAGUAUCAUGACAGGAUGAUCCAAUUAUUUUUCUAUGAGUUAUGGUGGAUGCAAAAGGAACGGUAUAUAGUAAGAUGUAACUUUCAUCCCAUGGCAGCCUCGGGGUCCACUGUUUGUGUAGGGGAUGGCAAUAUGUACCUGUUUGGUGGCCAUGCACGCUGUGGUAAUGUGAAUGAAUUUUUCCAACUAAAUCUGAACACUUUGGUGUGGAAAAGAAUAGUUCCUCAAGACAAAACUGACAAACUGACACCCAGCCCCAGGGACAAAGCUGUGUCUUGGUAUCAUGAGAAAAAAUUUUAUACAUUUGGAGGUUUUGGAGUGCCUUUACAGGGAUACUUGGGAGAGAGCGAGUCUUUCUUUGAAGAUGAAGUUCCAGAACGUAGAGGCUGGAACAAUCAGUUGUGUGUUUUUGACUUCACCACAAUGGAAUGGAGCAUUCCUGAAACCACAGGUUCCAAGCCCUCCGCCCGUGCAGCCCACACAGCAGUGAGAUUCAACAAUAAAGUGUACAUCUUUGGAGGAAGGCAUUUAAACUGUAGGCUUAAUGAUGUUCACUGUCUGGAUUUGAACUCACUCUCAUGGAGUGGAGGUUUGUGUAUUAAUGGCCCAGAACCGGAGGGUAGGUCCUGGCACACUGCAUCAGCCCUGUCUCACAAUAGAAUGUUUGUAUAUGGAGGUUUCACCACCAGCUGCCAUCCCCUUAGUGAUUCUUGGCUUUUGGACACCAACAAUCUUCAAUGGACUCAACUGACACAUUUUCCCAACAAUUGGUGUCGUCUAUGGCACACUGCAUGUGUUACAGGGGAUCAAGAUGUCCUGAUAUAUGGUGGCUGUGAAAAGAAUAUAUUGGAUUAUGACAAUAUAAGUGAAAUUAAGAAUGACAUUUUAGAAUUCCAGUUCGAGCCAUACACAUUGAAAAAGCUCUGCAUAGAAUGUGUUUACAGAUAUCGCAUUAGAUUAGGAAGCCAGUGGGAUUCACUACCCCGUCCAAUUUCUGAUUGGCUACACAAGAAAGAGGCUCUGGACAUUCAGUUGCUGAUGUCAACAGAUUCUGACUUUGACAGUGAUUGGUUAGACUCUCAUGUGACUUGGACUUAGUAUAUAGAAUUAAUUCGAUCAUUAUGUGCAGCUCAGACAGUUUUCUCUGCUCUUUGUCAAUAAUACUUAUAAGAUUGUAGAAAUACACAUGUAGUUAAAACUCCAUUAUCGUAUUUGAUGAUUAAUUUUAAAUUGAUUUUAUUCUGUAAAUUAAACUGCAUUUCAGUCUAACCAAAUUAUGAAAUGAGUUUUAUAAAUUUCUUAUACAUGUGCAUAUAACAAUUUAUCUGUAUAAAUUUUACAUAAUAGUUUAAUGAAUUUGUAAAUCAUUUAUUCUUUUUAAUAUAAAAUGCAUGUAAUAUUUCUUAUACAAAAUCAAAAUUUAAACCUGUAUUUAUACUAAUGCCUCGUUCACACGGAUGUGCAUUAAAUUUUACUUCGCAUCAAAUUUGAUGCGAAGUAAAAUAAUGCGCAUUAAAUUAAUUCGAAUUAAAUAGCGUUCACACGGUGGUAAUAUUUAAUGCGAAGUAAACUAAUGCGCAUUAAAUUCGUAUGCAUUAAAGGGAGCGCGAAAUAAAUUAAAGAAUAGACUAUGUUAUUGAAAAUUAUUUUUAUAGAUAUUUUAAUGAAUAUUGUGUAGAUACAGAAUUCAUUGUUCAAAACGCUAUAUACAUGUAGUAUACUACAUGUUUACAAUUUACAAGCUGAUCUACAGAUAAGGAGUUUUGUCGUGUUUAUUAAUAUGUUCCCAAGAAAUUACUUGUUAUUUCCUCUGAUGACCAGCAUCCAAUCUAGACAGUAUAUUGUUUCUUCAUGGGCCCAAUUUUUAAACUUCGGAACGUCUUUUUCACCAUUCCGCUGACUACUGUUGUGACGUAAUUUUUAAUUACUAAUACGUAUUAUAAGUCUACUAUGACGUCAUAUGGUAUAAAAAUUUUACAAUGAGCAGCAUAUUUGUUUUAAAAAAAAAAGUAAAAAAGAAUAUCAUAUUAUCAUUAUUUUAAAACAUUUUUGUCAUAUUUUAAAACAAUUCCUUCCACAGUAUUACUCAGUAUGCCUAUGCAGAGCACAUAUUUACGUCUGACAUUAUCUAAUGACAUGCUGUACGUUUGUACACGUUUUUAGUGAUUAUUAUCAUUUUGCUUCGUUUUUCGUACAAAACUAACAUUAAUAUAUAUAGCUGACCACGGGUAUGAUGCAUGUGACCCAAAUUUGCCAUUACGCAUACGUCUACAUUUAAUUCGAAUUAGCUUUGCUUAGCGUUCACACGGAACUAAUGUGAAGUCAAUUUAAUUCGCAUUAAAUCGCGACGUCAAUUUUAAUUCGAAGUAAACUAAUGCGCAUUAAAAUCUCUGUGUGAACGCGGUUCAGAUUUAAUUUGCAUUAACUUACGUUUAAUGCGAAUUAAAUUCUUCCUGUGAACGAGGCAUAACUUUGCAAUCCUAUGCAGCUGCAAUAUUAUGAUUAUUAGUCCUCUACUGGCAGAGCUGAAGGGGACUACUAGUUUGCACUCCACCCAUCCAUCAGUCCUUCUGUCCAUCCAUCAGUCCUUCAGUCCAUCCAUCAGUCCUUCUGUCCAUCCAUCAGUCCUUCUGUCCAUCUGUCACAACUUAGUUUUCUGUAUUUUUUUCGUCAUGCUCUGAUGAAGGAAGCUGGGUAUGUGGUUUACCGCUGUAUGUUUCAUGGAGUGCCAAACGAACAUAACAUAAAAUUAUCGAAGAUUUCUUUAAUUAUUUGAAGAUGGGGAUAAACUGAAUUAUAGUGUGCAUUAAUUGAAAAUUAGAAUUAAAUGUUAGAUCUGCUCACAUACAUAAAGUUAUGAAUGCAAUUAUACCAGCAGAUCUAACAUCUAAUUUUAAUCUGUCAUUUUCUACAAUCAAUAGGUGUAUCAAAACCAUUUUGGGAUUGAUAUUCAGUACAGAUUUUGUACCACUUUUUCUGUACAGAUUUUUCACUCAAAUCAUGCAUUUUUAAAGCCAUUGUACAGAUUUGCAGUCGAAAAAUUAGCACAUGUAUAUGUCAAUGUCUUAUGAGUCUGAAAUUUUAUAUUUGGUUAUAGAGUGAGUAAAUACAUGUUCCACUUUUGUUACAGUUGAAUUAAUCUAGCAAAAUUUUUAAAUCUUGGUCUCCUAGUUGAUUGAAUUAAUUCUUGUACUCUAUCUAGUUUUCUCACAGUAUAUUUUAUUGUGCGAGAUGAAUAUAUAUUAGGGCAUACCAAUUUGUAAUUGAGUUUGUCGGAUUCACCACAAAUCAAAAUUAUUAUAUUUCAUAUAUGUCAUGGUUUUGAAAAUAAUAUCCACCUGAUUGAUAAAAAUUAUCCUAUUAAAAUAUUUUACAACUUUUUCUUGACGGAACUGUGGGUAGAAAAUGCCGAUCUUUAUAUGCUUGAUUGUUCAGAAUAUUGGAGGUGAGGCUGUUCCUAACAGAGGAAAACUGAGAAUAUAAAAGAAGAGUUGUUUGAUGUGAUGAUAAAAACCUCUUCAUUUGCAGAUGAUCAUUGGCAUGUUUUGAAUAUUAAAAUUCAAGAAAAUGCAAAAAGUCAUACAAUUAAAAUCUCAAGACAGGACAUGGUUCCUGGCAAUACAUAUAGAGUUAUAAUGUCUCCCCUCUUUCAGGGGGAGACAUUGUUUUUGUACUUUCCCUCUCUCCAUCUAUCUGUCACAAAAUCUUGUGAACACUUCUCCUCCUAUAUGGCUUGUUGGAGAGACUAGAAACUUUGUAUAAUGCUUCAUUGCUAUUUGUAGAUGUGCAUAUUUGUAGGACAGGAGGAUCCAAUUUUUUUCCUAAAAGUUAUAGUGUAUCUAAGAGGGGUGGAGGAUGUUAAAAUAGCUUGUGAACACUUCUCCUAUAUGGCUUAUCUGAUAGAUUUUGAACUCUGUACAAUUGCUUCAUUGCCAUUUGUAGAUGUGCAUAUUUUUAGGACAGGAGGAUCCAAUUAAUUUCCUAAAAGUUAUAGUGGAUCUAAUAGGGGUGGAGGAUGCAAAAAAGCUUGUAAACACUUCUCCUCCUAUAUUUCUUAUCUGAUAGAUUUGAAACUUUGUACAAUGCUUCAUUGUCAUUUGUAGAUGUGCAUAUUUGUGGGACGGCAGGAUCCAGUUGUUUUCCUAAAAGUCAUAGGGACCUAAGAGGGAUGGAGGAUAUUAAAAUAACUUGUGAACGCUUCUUCUGCUAUAUGGCUUUUCAGACAAGACUUGAAAUUUUGUAUAAUACUUCAAUGCCAUUUGCAGAUGUGCAUAUUGUAGGGACAGGAGGAUCCAAUUGUUUUCCUUAAAGUUAUAGUGGAGCUGAGGGGUGUAGGGUGUAAAAUAGUAAUAUUUGUGAACACUUCUCCUACGUGGCUUGUUGGAGUUCAUAAUGGCUAUGUUCCUGCUCGUGCUUUCUCCUCCAUUUCAUGCAGCACAUAAGGGGAGGAGGUUUCAUUUGGAGCACUUCCAAUUUGGGGAGCUGGGGAGACAUUUGUUUUUCAUGAAAACAAGCUAGUCUAUAUUUCUUUUUUUAUUAUUAUUUAGUUUUAUAAUGUAUAAACUGUUAACAUAAGAUUAUAUUCACUCAUAAUAUUACAUAAAUAAAUUGACUUAAGUUAAUACGCCGGUUUCGAGAUACGUCCGAGUUAUUUCCCUUUGGAGAACUCUCGUACAUAGAAAGGCGCGAAAGAAUUUGUUUACAAGCGGGAGUGGGACAGAUAUUCAUCACAGCGUAAGUGAAUGUACUCAGUAAGUUUCUCAUACGCUGUUUGAUAACCCGAAUUCGACUGAUACACAAACUAAGUAAGUGAUAAGUAUUUAGGGAGUAAUUAGAUACAUAGAAUUCUUAUCCUAUCACGUUAUUUCGAUGGUCAUAAGUACAAUAUCCAAGAUAUUUCUUGCAAAUAUGACAUUGUUUGUAUGUUUCCACUUCGGUAAAACAUUUCUUUAGAUAGUAUUUAGUAUUUCCCACAUUUACAUAUUAAAAGAGAAGCCGCUUUUAAUACAUUUCAUCGUCUUCCUCGUUGGCUGUAUAUCCACUCUGUCCCACUUAGGCAUUCAAAGUUCCACUAAAUGCACCUCCUAUACAGAAGAGUUCGUAUCUCGAAACUGGCGUAUUGGGACCACACACAGAAUAUUACACAAACGACUUAGACUUGGGACAGGUAAGGAACAUUUAUUGCUAUGCAAUACUUACAGAGUGCUUGUUAAUGUGAUUGGUGGGCCCAGCAGAAUUCUUUAAGAGCUCGCAUACACUCCUUCCUCUUAUGUUUAAGUAAUGUACGUGUAACGGUAGAUAAAAUCCAACAGAUUUCUGGAUCUAUCUACAUAGUUGUUGCUUUACAUAUUAAGUCAAUACCUGCAUGUUGUCAUAAUGUAAUUUCAUGCUAGAUUUUCAAUAAUUGUAAUUAAUUUUUUAUGUGAUAAAUUGAAUGAUUUGUUGAAACAUAAAUGCCCAAGUCAAAUGUAAAUGUUCACUCCACCCCACCCCACCCCACCCCAAAUUUUACAAGCAAUAAAAAACAUUUUAAAAACA